UAAAUGUUAAUAAAAAUACUAUUCAAUGAGAUAACUUGAAUUUGUAAAAUAUAAAGCCUAAAACGAUGAUUAAUGGUUUGAAUAAAUUAUCCGAACAUGCCUGAAGUUUCUUGUUUGAAUUGGUUUGAUUUAAUUAUGCUAUUUUGGUUCAGUGACCACUUCUAGUAACAAGAGUGCAAGAAAAACCUCUUAAGUUUUGUUUCUACAGAGAUGAAAAUGUUAUUAAAAGCCUCAACUGCGUAAAUCUCAGCCAAUUGGACUCAGCAGAAGUCUUUAACAGCUAGCAGAGAAUCUAGGUGCUUUUUGUUUGAUUAAAGCACAUGCACAUGACAUGACAUGAGUAAAUAAAAGUGAGACACAAGACAUUAGCUGGAACCAUCGCAACUGAUGUCUCACACAAACUCAAUCUGGACAGUGACACGUGUUUACUUUAUUCUUUUAGACCUCAUCAUCACCUUCACAACCAAUAUUUCACUCCAAAAUAUCAACCAACCCUUCUCUUUCUACACUAUUACUGUACCUUCAUUCAAAUUUCUAUAAGUUUUCAAACUUAAUUUACAGAUUGAAAUUACUUCCAAGAAUAUAUGUACAUCUGAUACGUCUCUGCUAUAACAAUUCAAAAUGAUUCGUUAUAAUAACCUCAUAGCUCGAAAUGGUAAGUUUACCCCUUAUGUAAUGUAGGGACAAUUUAUGCAGUAGAAAUAUACACUCUUUUACCAUGGAAUGUUCACUGUUGACUUGUAUCAAAAUAGCCACUAAAUCAAAUUUUUGACAAAUUAUUAGACAUACUAAUGGAAAAUUACGUUACUAUGUUGAACGUGUGAAACUAAGAAGAAGAAAACUCAAAGGGAAAGAGGUAGCCAGCAAAAAUUUAAGUCAAAAUAUUUUGGGAUUACUUUGUAAUAUCGUUGGCUUUUUAAAGCAACAGUACCAAAUGCAACUUUGAUUAUUUAAGAAGGUGGUUGGAAACACUGCUCCACUAACAGGGUCGUAGAUCACCAAAUAUGCUUAACAACCACAUAUCAUUAAUAACUCCAAGGUUCCCGUGUCAGCAUCACCUCCUAUAAAUACCACAGUUAUUCUCGUUAUGUUCCUCACAAGUCAUAUACAAAGUUUUUGAAUUAUAAUUUGUGGUUUGAAAUAUGGCAGGUAUUGCUACAGUGAUGAUGCUCAUAACUACCAUGCACUUGGCUUCUCUUGUGAGAUCACUAAAUGUAAAUUACUAUGAAAAUACGUGCCCUCAUGUGGACUCCAUUGUAGCUGCUUCUGUUCACAAAGCAACCAUGAAUGACAAAACUGUUCCAGCUGCUCUCCUUCGGAUGCAUUUUCAUGAUUGCUUCAUAAGGGGUUGUGAUGCCUCUGUUCUUCUGGAAUCAAAGGGGAAGACCAUAGCAGAAAAGGAUGGACCUCCUAACAUUUCAUUGCAUGCAUUUUAUGUCAUUGACAAUGCUAAGAAAGCACUUGAAGAAGUAUGCCCCGGAGUGGUAUCUUGUGCUGAUAUUUUGGCUCUUGCUGCUAGGGAUGCUGUUUCUCUGUCCGGUGGCCCUACUUGGGAUGUUCCGAAAGGAAGAAAGGAUGGAAGGAUAUCAAUGGCCACUGAAACCAGACAAUUGCCAGCUCCUACAUUCAACAUCUCCCAAUUACAGCAAAGCUUCUCUCAAAGAGGCCUUUCCUUGGAGGAUCUUGUAGCCCUCUCAGGAGGUCACACACUAGGAUUCGCUCACUGUUCAUCCUUUCAGAACAGAAUCCAUAAAUUCAGCUCAAAGCAAGACAUUGACCCUUCCAUGAAGGCUUCAUUUGGAAGCAGGCUGAGAAGCGUAUGCCCCUCUCAUAACAAGGUGAAAAAUGCAGGAAGCUCGUUGGAUUCUAGUUCAACCUUGUUUGACAAUGCUUAUUACAAGCUGCUCCUUCAAGGAGAGAGCAUAUUCUCUUCUGAUGAAGCUCUGCUAACUCAUCCCACCACUAAAGCUUUGGUUUCCAAGUUUGCUUAUUCUCAAGAGGAAUUUGAAAGGGCCUUCGUCAAGUCCAUGAUCAAGAUGAGCAGCAUCACCAACGCUGAACAACAACAAAUCAGACUCGAUUGUAAAUUCGUUAGAUGAUUCAUAGUUCGUAUUGAAUCAAAUGUGUUUGUGCUGUCAUAAUGGUCUUCUUACUUGUGUACUGUCACCAUUUUUCUAGCAGCAUUUUAGCAGAUGAAAUAAAUGUCAAACUGAGGAAAAAAUGUUUAUGGUGAUCCAUGACUAGUGGCCGAAGCAAGUAUUCAAAAGGAAAAUGUUAUUUGGACAACAAAAGUUUGACACAAUUUUGACAA